AUGGCUCCAAAAUAUACCCGUCUCGACAGAGAGAACUGCGCGUUUCUUUUUAUUGAUCACCAGUCCGGUCUGAUUCAAUUGGUUCGCGAUUUUGAAGCAGAUGAAUUCAAAAACAACGUCGAAGCCUUAGUUGACAUCGCGAAAUACUUCAAGAUCCCCUCGAUUCUCACUACGUCCUUUGACUCUGGACCAAAUGGCCCCAUUGUCAAGGAGAUAGCCAGAGGGCUUCCUGACGCUCCUCUCAUCCGUCGUCCUGGCCAGAUCAACGCGAUGGACAAUGAGGAAUUCGUCAACGCUAUCAAGAAGACGGCUCACAAGCGGCUGUCGCAGCAUGGUGUUCAGCUUCUGAAUUGGGUGGCCAUUGCGGCCGAGCUCCAUCGGGAUUGGCGCAAUGAUAUUGAAGGGUUUGGCAAGAUCUGGACUGAUCAUGUUCCCGGCUACUGGUGCUUAGCGCAAAGCUACGAGGUCGCGAAGGGUGGAAAGUAA